AUGGCGACGGAGGGUCAGGAGACCUACGCGUUCAACGCCGACAUUUCACAGUUGCUGAGUUUGAUUAUCAACGCCUUCUACAGCAACAAGGAGAUCUUCCUCCGUGAACUCAUCAGUAACGCCAGCGAUGCCUUGGAGAAGAUCCGCUAUGAGGCCAUCAAGGACCCCAAGCAGGUGGAGGACUUCCCCGAGUACCAGAUCAGCCUGUCCGUCGACAAGGCUAACAAGACGUUGACCAUCGAGGACACUGGUAUCGGUAUGACCAAGGCCGACCUCAUCAACAACUUGGGUACCAUCGCCAAGUCCGGUACCAAGGCCUUCAUGGAGGCCAUCCAGGCCGGCGCCGACAUGUCUAUGAUCGGUCAGUUCGGUGUCGGUUUCUACUCGGCCUACCUGGUCGCCGACAAGGUCACCGUUGUGUCAAAGAACAACAACGACGACCAGUACAUGUGGGAAUCCAGCGCCAGCGGCCACUUCACCGUCACCAAGGACGAGUCCGGCGAGCAGCUGAAGCGUGGCACCCGCCUCAUCCUCCACUUGAAGGAUGACCAGACCGAGUACCUUGAGGAGCGCCGCCUCAAGGACCUCGUGAAGAAGCACAGCGAGUUCAUCUCGUUCCCCAUCCGCCUGUCGGUUGAGAAGACCACCGAGACUGAGGUCACCGACGACGAGGCCGAGCCCGCCGCCGACUCCGAGACCAAGGAGGAGAAGAUCAAGGAUGUGACCGACGAGGUCGAGAAGGAAGGCGAGGAGGACAAGGAUGGUGAGGAUAAGGAGGGCGAAAAGAGCGCCGAGAAGAAGAAGCGCAAGGUCACCUCCGUCACCCGCGAGUGGGAGAUGUUGAACAAGCAGAAGCCCAUCUGGAUGCGCCUGCCCACCGAGGUCACCCACGAGGAGUACGCCAGCUUCUACAAGAACCUGUGCAACGACUGGGAGGACCACUUGGCCGUCAAGCACUUCAGCGUCGAGGGUCAGCUUGAGUUCAAGGCGCUGCUGUUCAUCCCCAAGCGCGCCCCCUUCGACAUGUUCGAGAGCCGCAAGAAGAAGAACAACAUCAAGUUGUACGUGCGCCGUGUGUUCAUCAUGGACGACUGCGAGGAGCUCAUCCCUGAGUGGCUCGGUUUCGUGAAGGGUGUCGUCGACUCCGAGGACCUUCCCCUCAACAUCAGUCGUGAGAUUCUCCAGCAGAACAAGAUCCUUAAGGUCAUCCGCAAGAACCUCGUCAAGAAGUGCCUUGAGCUCUUCGCCGAGCUCACCGAGAAGAAGGAGGACUUCAAGAAGUUCUACGAGCAGUUCAGCAAGAACCUGAAGUUGGGUAUCCACGAGGACAACGCUAACCGCACCAAGAUUGCCGAGCUUCUGCGUUACGAGACCAGCAAGAGCGGUGACGAGGCCAUCAGCCUGAAGGAAUACGUCGACCGCAUGAAGCCCGACCAGAAGUACAUCUACUACAUCACUGGUGAAUCCAAGCAGAGCGUCGCCAACUCUCCCUUCCUGGAGCUGCUCCGCUCCAAGGGCAUUGAGGUCAUCUACAUGACUGACCCCAUUGACGAGUACGCCGUCCAGCAGAUCAAGGAGUUCGAAGGCAAGAAACUCAAGUGCUGCACCAAGGAGAACCUCGAGUUGGAGGACACUGAGGAGGAGCGCAAGAGCUUCGAGACCCUCCAGAAGGAGAUGGAGCCCCUCUGCCGCGUCAUCAAGGAGAUCCUUCACGACAAGGUUGAGAAGGUCAUUUGCGGCAAGCGUUUCACCGAGAGCCCAUGUGCCCUGGUCACCAGCGAAUUCGGCUGGUCCGCUAACAUGGAGCGUAUCAUGAAGGCCCAGGCCCUCCGUGACAACAACUUCGGGAGCUUUAUGAUCAGCAAGAAGACCAUGGAGCUGAACCCUCACCACAGCAUCAUGAAGGAGCUCAAGCAGCGUGCUGAGACUGACAAGAGCGACAAGACCCUCAAGGACCUUGUAUGGCUGCUCUACGACACUGCCAUGCUGACCUCCGGUUUCAACUUGGACGACCCGACUCAGUUUGGUGGUCGCAUAUACCGCAUGAUCAAGCUGGGUCUGUCCUUGGACGAUGACGCUCCGGUAGAGGACGUCGAAAUUCCAUCCCUGGACGAGGUCGUGGUUGACCCGAAGAUGGAAGAAGUUGACUAA